AUCGCGCACUUCCGGGUGUCACGCGCCAGCGGAGCAACUGCCAUUGAAAUGCAUCUCAAUCUCUCCAUAUAUUAUAGAAGGCGAGAGGAAAUCUGGCGUAACGUUUCCAGGUGUAGAAAGUGAACAGUGUGAGUGACACUAUUGUAAAGAUGGAGUUUAUUAAAGAGGAGAGUGAAGACACGAGUGAUGCAGAAACAUGCAGAAUGAAUGAUGAAGAAACUGAGGAACAGAGAGACAUGAUGGAAGUGAAAGUGGAGUGUGAAGAACUGAAUGUAGUGGAGGAGGAUCAUCAGUAUCAGAGACCUCAGAAGGUCAUAACGGGAGAAAAGCCAUCGCAGUCCGAAAGCGAUUUCUCCCAGAAAAGAACAGGAGCCAAAAAAGCACCAUUCAUUUGCCCUCAGUGUGGGAAGUGUUUCACACUCAAAGUGAAUCUCAAAAGCCACAUCAAAAUUCACACCGGAGAGCGUGAUUUCACCUGUCUGCAGUGCGGCAGCAGCUUCUUCAAAAACGCAGAUCUGAAGAGACACCUGCAAACACACACCGGAGAGAAGCUGUUCAGCUGCCCUCACUGCGGGAAGAGCUUCACACGCAAAGAGAGCCUGGAGAAUCACAUCCGGAUCCACACCGGAGAGAAGCCUUUCACCUGCCUGCUGUGCGCCAAGAGCUUCAUACGCAAAGGACACUUUAAGAACCACAUGCGCAUUCACUCCGGAGAGCGUCCGUUCACGUGUCACGAGUGUGGGAAGAGCUUCACGCAGGCCACCAUCCUCAAAAACCACCAGCACUCGCACUCGGGAGAGAGACCGUUCAGCUGCGGCCAGUGCGGUAAAAGCUUCAUCUCAGCGAAGCACCUGAAGAUCCACCAGAAAAUUCACCAGAAGCUUUUCUUGUGCUCUUUCUGUGGAAAGAUGUUCUCGCAGCUGGGCUACCUGAAAGAGCACCAGAAAAUACACAGCGGCGAGAAAGCUCACAUGUGCUCGGUGUGCGGGAACAGCUUCUCUAGAGCCAAAUAUCUGAAAGAGCAUCAGAAGGUCCAUACGGGAGAGAAACCCUACAAGUGCUCACAUUGUGACAAGAGCUUCAGUCAGUCAGGGAACCUGAAAAUACACGAGAGAGUUCACACUGGAGAGAAGCCGCACCGCUGCCCGCCAUGUGGAAGGAGUUUCGUCACAUCCAGCGCUCUGCUGUCUCAUCGAAGGAAAUGUCGCCAAAAGUUGUCGUAGAGAGCAAGAGUCAAUAGUGUGAAAUUCAGAUGAACUGAAGUGUCAUUGUGCAAGAUCAUUUGCUUCUACAUCUUUGUGCACAGCUACAUUAAACAUGUUAACUGUGUGCAGUGGCAUUCGUUUACAUCCACAUAUUUAUAUGCGAACUUUGGAAUAUUGCAAUAAAAAGUGUUGUAUGGAAAUGCCAAGAUGCACAUAAAUUCUAAAAAUGUGCAUAAAAAACAUAUGAACUCAACUGAGGCGGAUAAUUGUUUUAUCCGAUGAGAAGACUAUGAUGGAAGCUACGAUGGAAACGUCUCGGUUACAAAGGUAACCCUCGUUCCCAUUCAGUCUGUCACGUUCGACGUAUGUCGGACAGACCGA